CUACAGCCAUGGAUGUCGACGUUAAAGGCGAAUCGCUCGUCUCUCAACAGGUUGCCGUGCAGGAAGAGCGGCAACAGCCCGGAUCCUUGUCGUAUCCUGGCUCCUUGCAAACCAGUGGUAGCAUGCCGGAAUCGCCAGUCCGUGGCAUGAGCUUUCCGAUGCCCACCCAAAGUCAGGGCUCUCCGCCACCGUCAGCAAACAAGAAGCACAAGUGCCCAUACUGCAACACCGAAUUUACUCGGCACCAUAACCUCAAAAGCCAUCUCCUGACGCAUAGUCAAGAAAAGCCCUAUGUAUGUACCGACUGCCAAAUGCGCUUCCGCCGUCUCCAUGACUUGAAACGCCAUGGCAAGCUUCACACGGGCGAGAAAAACCAUGUGUGCCCUAAGUGCGACCGCAAGUUUGCUCGAGGUGAUGCCCUUGCUCGCCACAGCAAGGGACUGGGCGGGUGUGCAGGCAGACGAUCGAGCAUGGGCAGCUUUGCCGGCGAAGAUGAGCUGGAUGGCGGCAUGGACGGAGAUGAAGCUGUCAUGUCGGGCAUUGCCUACGAGAACCCUGAGGAAGAAGAGCUGAGGCGACAGAGCUUGCCCAGUAUGACUGCCCAGCACAUACCGGGUGGUCAACCGGACCAGUACGGCGGCCAUUCUCGGACGUACCCUCCGGCUGGAGCGAGAACUACAGCUGCCGCCGGUCUGUAUGCCCCCGGCGGCGGCCAGAAUCAAGCUGUUGGCACCGGCAGCUCGAGCGUGUCAACUAGCAUUGGGGGCAGCCAUACCCCUAAUACCAGCAUCUCUUCCGUGGCGGUUGGCGGCGGGAAUGCAGGCCUCUAUUCACAGACCGGUGUGCCGGAAGCCGGGAAGCCACUGAGUCCUGGCGGUGUCCAAGGCCACGACGGCACUGGUGUCGUACGGCAACGAUCGCCUAGCCUGUCUCAGCAACUACAGCAGCAGCAGAUGGGAAGGCGACAGUCGGAGAUGCAGUCUCCUCACGGUGGACAAAACAGGCCUAAGUUGCCUGGAUUGACUCACCCGGGAUACGUUUCGACGGGCUCUCCAGGAUUCUCCCACGGCCGACCGCCAACGGCGACCGCUUCUAGCGGUGAUAGUGGCAACAUGUUUGCGCAGAGCGAUCCAAGCGUGUGGGCCUACAUCCAAACGCUGGAAGAGAGGGUCAAGUCGCUGUCAGACAAGGUUGUUUUGCUUGACCACGAGAUGUCUGUCCUUAAAAAGCAGCUCGAAAGUCGUGAAGGGGUUCCUGCUGGAUGAGAAGUCCUAGAAUGACCCGCCUCAUUACAAAGCGCCAUGGUGUUUUAGGAGGACCUAAGUGGAUCUACAUUAGAAUGCGUUUUGCUUUCUUUUUCUCUGGUGCGUCUUGUUGGUCUCUUUUCGGAUCGGGGCCAGAGUCGUAUCAAGGGGGGAAAUGGCGUUCAGGUUUGGGAAUCUGGGGCGGAUGGUUGAAACCUUCACGCUAAAAGAUGGCGACCGGAUAUUACGAUUAUUCCUUGUUCUCAUCACGUUGUAGUAUACAGAAUUGUGCGAUUACCUCUAGCUAUGGCAUUCUCGGAAAGGUUAUGUCUUUUGUUUUCAGCUUAGGAGUAGAGUAUUGCAGGAAUGGAGCAACGCUUGUUCUCAUGUAGCCCCCAAUUUCAGAGCCGAGUAAUAUCACAGUCGAUAUGAUAUUUCAAAAGG